AUGAUUUGGUGUAAAAGAGAGCACCACUUGGUUGCGUGUUUCGUGGACUCAGAGCCGUUGGAUCGAAUGACCGACUCAUCUAUAGUCGACAUUGUGAUUGUUUUCGUUUUGUACUUGACUGCAAUAUUGUUUUUGUCUCUUGGUUAUAAGAUAUAA